CAGCAGGUAGAGAGUGAUGUCAUCUCCAGGCAUGGGCACUCCGAGCGAUCCCCUGCUGGCCAGCCCGGCUGGGAGCAGAGCUGAAUUGAUCCAGGACGCCUCAUGGAGGCCCUCUCUCCCCAAGACCUCCAGCUUCCCGUCAUCCACCACGCGCCACCUCAGCCACCGAGCCAACAACUUCCAGAGGCACCCCAAGAGGCGAAAACUCAUCAGGCCCUCGCCGCCUCCACCCCCCAACACCCCCUGCCCACUGGAUCAGCUGGACCUGACCGAACUCCCACCCCGCCGGACCUUCACAGAACUCCUGUUCAAUGGCUGCAUCCUGUUUGGCAUCGAGUUCAGCUACGCCAUGGAGACAGCCUAUGUCACACCCGUACUCCUUCAGAUGGGCUUGCCAGAUCAGUUCUACAGUUUGGUGUGGUUCAUCAGUCCAAUCCUUGGCUUCUUACUACAACCAAUAUUGGGAGCGUGGAGUGAUCGCUGCACAUCGCGUUUUGGUCGGAGGAGACCAUUUAUCUUGGCUUUAUCUCUGGGAGCGCUGAUGGGCUUAACGCUGGUUCUGAAUGGGCGGGACAUAGGAACAGCAGUGGCAGACACAGCUGUCAAUCACAAAUGGGGCAUCGUGUUGACAAUAUGUGGGGUGGUUCUGAUGGACUUCAGCGCUGACUCAGCAGACAACCCAAGCCACGCCUACAUGAUGGAUGUCUGUGGUCCUGAUGAUCAGGACAGAGGGCUCAACAUCCAUGCACUUCUUGCAGGACUAGGUGGUGGCUUUGGUUACAUCGUAGGAGGCAUAAACUGGGACCACACGGAGUUCGGCAGAGCCAUGGGCGGCCAGCUGCGCGUCAUCUACAUGUUCACCAGCGUCACCCUCGUGGCCGCCACGGCGAUGACCCUGACCAGCAUUCCAGAGCGGCCGCUACCUCAGUCGCGGUCCUCGAGGAGUGCCCUGAAGAGCCCCAGCUUGCCCCUGCCCCCCUCCCCGCCCGCCCCGCCGGGCGCGGUCCCGAACCAGGAGGACGAGGAGGAGGAGGACGGCCUGUACAGCUACCAGGCGUCCAACCCGCAGCGGCGCUACACCGACCCGCUGGGCCACUCGUGCAGCGCCAGCGCCCGGCUCUGCGUGGGCCUCGGCAGCCCCAUCUCGCCCCUCAGCCCGCUCACGCCCAAGUACGGCAGCUUCAUCAGCCGCGACAACUCCCUGACCGGCAUCAACGAGUUCGCUUCCUCGCUGGGCACCUCGUACAUCGACAGCGUGCUCAUCGACUGUUACACGGGCCAGCAGACGCCCCAGCUGCUGGAGCCCGAGGCCGCGGGGCCGCGGAUGAACGCGGGGGACACCCCGCCUCCGCUGCAGGCGCCGCCCCGGCCCGCCGACGACGAGGCCUGGACUGCUGGCGAGGGUCAGGGGUCGGGGGAAGGGACGGCCGAGCAGCCGCGGGACGCCCAUCGGACUGUAGAGGGCUCGAGCCGCUCGGAGGGGACGCAACCAAACGGUAGCGAGGCGCUGCUAGCAAUCGAGGGUGCGCAACAGAACGGGAGCGAGGGGGGGCCCAAGCCUGGUGCGGGGUCAAAGAGGGGGAGUAUCCUGAAGCGCCCUCAGAGUCUGGCUCUCACAGAGGACCCCCUGUUAACCCCCAGCACAGGGAUGGAGCAUGGACGCAGGCGCACUGUCACCUUCAGCCAGCAGGUAGCAAAUAUCUUAUUAAAUGGUGUGCGCUAUGACAGCGACCUGAGUGACAGACUAGAAUCUGCGGAUAACCAGAUGUCUAUGAAGCUGCUCUGCAUCGCCAUCUACAGGAUGCCCCCGUCACUGCGCAGCCUUUGCACCAACCAUUUUUUGGGCUGGUUGUCCUUUGAGGGCAUGCUGCUCUUUUACACUGACUUCAUGGGGGAGGUCGUGUUUGAGGGGGACCCCAAAGCGCCCCACGACUCGGAGGCUUACAAGCGCUACAACGCUGGGGUCAGCAUGGGCUGCUGGGGCAUGUGCAUCUAUGCAUUCAGUGCUGCCUUCUACUCAGCCAUCCUGGAGAAGCUGGAGGAGCGCUUCUCGCUCCGCACGCUCUACUUCUUCGCCUACCUGGCCUUCGGCCUGGGCACGGGCCUGGCCACCCUGUCCACCAACCUGUACGUGGUGCUGUCUCUCUGCGUCACCUAUGGCGUGCUCUUCUCCUCGCUCUGCACGCUGCCUUACUCGCUGCUCUGUGAGUACUACCAGAGUCCACAGUUCUGUGGUUCCUCAGAGGAUGGGACCAGGCGGGGGAUGGGUGUGGACAUCUCCCUCCUCAGCUGCCAGUACUUCCUGGCACAGCUCCUGGUCUCCGUGGCGAUGGGCCCUCUGACCUCGCUGGUGGGCGGGGCCCAGGGCGUGAUGUACUUUUCCAGCGUGAUGUCGUUCGUGGGCUGCCUGUACUCCUCACUGUGUGUGGUGUACCAUCUGCCGCCACCAGAGGGUGAGCCCCCCCCAAACGAGGCCCAGCCACUACUGGUGCACAUUUAA